ACCAUUUCUAUGACCGGAGAUUCACUUUCGAACUCGUUGGCGCGUAAACUCGUCGGCCGCGCGCCGUUGUUUGUCCGCUUCCGUCGACGUUGUUUUCACGUCUUGUCCUCGCCGCGCGUCUCGCCUACCGUCUCGCGUGGCGGCCUUCCUGAUCGCGAUAAGCCGCGGGCGUCGCAAUCGCGGGCGCACGGUGUCCCGCGUCUUCGCGCUCGCCGUCGCGUCGCGUCGCCGCCGCCGCCGCCGCCGCCACCACCGGGUAUGAAAAUACCGUCAUGGCUGCGUUGUUGUGACUGCGUAGCAUUUGUCACGCACUGUCCCGCCGAGAUCGCGUGGCUUGCACAAGUCUCUCAUCCGCGCAGCAAGAUGACCCCGGAAGGAUAUACGCGUGUUUAUGUGGGCGGAUUAAACGAGAGCAUCAAAAAGGAAGAUCUGCAAAUGGAGUUUGAGAAAUAUGGCAAGCUGAACAAGGUGUGGGUGGCGUUCAAUCCACCGGGCUUCGCCUUCAUCGAAUUCUUCAACAUGAACGAGGCCGAGUUGGCAUGCUGCAACAUGAACGGCAUGGAGAUAAUGGGUGCAAAAUUAAGAGUGGAGAUCUCCCGGGGUAGGGGUCGCGGCGGCGGUAGGGGCGGGGGUGCGGGUGGUUUCAGGAGCAAUCGCGGGGUUGGCAGUAGGGACUUCGGCUCUCGGGGUGGCACUACCGCCGGUUACAGGGGCAGUACUUAUGCUGAUUAUGGAGGCAGCUAUUAUACAGGCAGGGGUGGCGCAAGUAGGGGCAGAGGUCGUUAUGGAGAAGACUAUAUGUACAAUCGCAGCAGCGGGUAUGUUACGCGAGAUGGAUAUACGCAGGAUGUCUACGGUGGUAGUAGCGGGGACACUGGCGCCGACUACUACACCGGGAAGGAUACGAGCACAGCGAGGUAUCGAAGCCGUUCUCCCGCCGGCCGUGGCAGUCAUCGUCAUCUACGUGAAUGCACAUAAAAGAACUACGCUGCGUCUUGCCAAUCUGAACUGCGGGCCGAUCAGCCACCCGCCUCGACGACUUCAUUUCUGUCCAAUCUACACAGCGACCUGUAUAUAAACAAGAACUACCAUUGCAGUUUGCGCUGUGCAAUGUUUUCCGUGCACUGUACCACUUCCCGUACAACCCAUGUGGUCGCUGCCGGAGAACAUUUUCUAUGAUUAACAGACUCAAAAAGUUCCCUUAAAAGCAUUCUCACGCGAAGCGUGACACACGAACCGCGAAGUUCGAACGAUUAAUAUUUGAAGAGGUAAUUAAUAUAGGGCUGUAAUCUAUAGAGACUAUAACACUAUUUACAAUCAUCAUUUUAUUUUGAUCCGAAACCUUGUGGGUUGUUUUUUUUUUAGAUCUCUCCUUUCUUUACACACAUUUUAGAUGCGUAGGAUUUUUGUGGUCGUUUGAUUUAUGAUUAGAUAUAAUACUGAUUUCGAGAUUAUUCAUUUACAUAUAUAUAAUACGACCGUUAAAAUAAUAGCAUCUCGUCAUUUUGACAUGGCUUAGCUUACCGUUAUUUUCAGCUUUCUGAUAAGUUCCGAGACUGCGGUUACGACGGUCCAUAAUCUUGUGAAUAUCAUUCUCACGUAUUUAGAUAGAAACGUGUGCUCGCUUAACGUUCUAUGAAUAGUAACGAUUUUAUAUGGAAUCGGAAAGAAGACAGUAAAAUAGCGCGCAACACUAGCCAAAUGCAAACUGCUGCUCGCAUAUAACAAUAAUUUAUUAUGCAAAGCGAAGAAGAUAAGGUAGUUACCUUGAAAAUUUCGACGCACAAACGACGAGAUCAAAAAUCAUUGCGAAGCCAAAGCGAUCGCAUCCACAUGAUAUAUCUUCCACACACUUCGGUUUUGUGAUAUACGUGCGGAAACAGUGCUGCAUUUGGAAAGAGAUGUUCGAGCAUUCACUUUUGUCAUUUUGAGUGCUCGUAAAUAAGAAAGUGAUAAAAAUAGUGGUAAUGAUGUAUAUUAUCUCCACUGUAAAAGAUGGAAUUGGAAAUUGAGAUAUUAAACGAUUUGCGCUCACUA